UCUCGUACUUUCUGCUUUCCCAAUUUUCUACUUUUCUGACAAACCUUUGCUGACUUUUCUCUCUCUCUCUUUCUCUCAUCUGAGAGACAAACAGACAGCAGAGAACAGAUGGUGAAUGUAAUGGAAUGGCAGAAACAGAUGCAGAGGUGGCAGCAUAAUAGGAAUGUUGAUGCCAACGGAGAUAUGAUGUAUGUGAAGGUGAUGACUGAUGAGCAAUUGGAAACUCUCAGAAAACAAAUUGCUGUUUAUGCCACCAUUUGUGAGCAACUCAUUGAGAUGCACAGAACACUCUCAGCUCAUCAGGAUCUUGCAGGGGUUAGGCUGGGAAACAUAUACUGUGACCCAUUGAUGACAUCUACUGGCAAAAUAACAUCCAGACAAAGGUGGACUCCUACACCAGUGCAGCUUCAGAUUCUUGAGCGUAUGUUUGAUCAAGGGAAUGGAACACCAAACAAGGAAAAAAUCAAGGAGAUAACUGCUGAACUGAGUCAGCAUGGCCACAUUUCUGAAACAAAUGUCUAUAAUUGGUUCCAGAAUAGGCGUGCUCGAUCAAAAAGAAAACUGCAAAAUGUGACACCUGGUAACACUGAAUCAGAAGUAGAGAAUGAGGUUGAUUCUAAGGAUAAGAAGACAAUACCAGAGGAAUAUCAGUCCCAACAUAAUGUAACUACUGGGGCUGAAAAGUUGUGCUUUCAGAACCCUGAAGUUUGCUCUGACUUGCAGUACUUGAAUCCAGAUUCUAACAAACCAUAUUCCAUGUUCUCGUCAGAUGGCAGUCUAAGAUCCUCAAGAGAUUUGAGUCCAGUGCCUGUUUUCGAUGAGGUGCUAUCAAACACAAGAAGUGACUAUCUAGCUGGAAAAAUGGAAGUACCUGGGAGUUACAAUUUAUACCAGCAAGCUGGAGACUACAAUUUGGAGGGUUGACAUUUAUUGUAUCUUCUAUCAAUUGUGCCUAGCUGUAUCUAAAGAGCCGGAAGUGUGGUGGUUGGUUUUGUGUUCAUGAGAAAUCAAAUUAAACCAAUCAAAACUUGGGAACUUAAAUCUAUUUAUGUAGCCAUCUUUUUUACUAGGUACUGAAAAUUUGUCCACAGGAUGGAUGGCUUAUAAAUGUUACUUAGUAUUGUGAAGUUAGUUUCUUGCAUGCAUACCAGCACUAUUUUCUUCUUGAAAGUGAUAUAUUUUCAGGCAGAGUUUCAUUGAUUUGCGUAUAUCUUAAUAAAAUCUCGAUGAAUGGCCUGCCGCAGUAUAUAAAAGUAAUGACUGCCACAACUUUUCUACAACCAGCUUAUAAAGGAAGUUGUUGGAAGUUGUUCCUUCCGGCUCAAGGGCACACCUUUGAGUGGCUCAAGGUUGUCCCCUUGUCUCCUCAUGUUCCAUGAUUGCUUGUGGAAUUUUACCUCUUCCCCUAUAUAAGCUUGUGGUGUGUGAGAGCGAGGGGUAGAGACUUCAAGAAAAGCUUAGAGCUUAAAUUUGUUAGCACCUCUAGUGAGAAGCUUGAGUAUUAGGUCUCUUUAGGGAAGUUUGAGUGUACUAUCAUUUUUUGGUAAAAUUUGAUUAUUUGUAACCCAUUAUUAAUAGUGGAAGUUUGAU